AUGUUAGGGUCUACCUACGGGAACUGACCCAUCGCGGAGUUGAAACAGCAAGUAGCCCGUUCAAACCAUUCCAGAAACAUCUGCGGGAGUGAAGCACUUUGGCCGUUUGUCUCAGCCAUGUUGUCCACGCAGCUCGUCCUCGCCGCUAUCGUCGGAAUCGCCUGCGGCAAGUGCGGCCCUACGACCAUCAUCACCACCACCAGCACCACGGAUUCCUCCUCCUACAUCACCAGUGGCAUCCCCACGGGGCCCAAGGAGUGCACCACCACGCUCAGCACCCCAACCGGCCCUGCAACGGGCUGCACGAUCCGAUGCGCAGAGACCGCAAUCAUCGACGGUGGUGUUAUUCUCAACGGCUGCUGUGCUGACCCGACCUUCGUCGUGGUACCCUCGACGACCGCGUGCCCGACCACGACAGCGUGCGUGCAGACGGCUCUGGCUUUCGGCACGUUCAUCGAGACGGCACCGUGCUCAACUGCGACUUAUCAUGGGUUUUGAAGUGUCGAAUAUGGUCGAUCCAAGAAAAACGGAGGAACAUCGGGAAGCAAUGGAUUAAUGCGGUGUACAUAGUUGGUGCAUUGGUGUAUUGGUGUAUUGGUGUAUUGGUGCCGUUGUCAAAUGACGUCGCUUUGGCGAUUCUGCCGGGUUGACCAGAUGCUCUGAACAACAUAUGCCGACGGCUUCCCUCACCAUCCCGGGA